CAGUAAUAGUAAAAUGUCUAAAACUAUGUAUUUUUAUAUUUCCCGUUAUUAAUUAUGAAUAAAUUGUAUCGUGGUUUCACAAUUCAGUAGUUGGAUUUAUAAAAGAAGAUAAACUGUGUUAUUUGCCGAGUAUGACAAUCUUGUCCUGGAUUUUGCUGUACAAGCUCAUUGCAGCAAAGAUCUAUCAGUUAAGCAUACGAUGAGAAUAAAAUCUGCACGUUUGUAUGUGGUCAGACAUGGCUCUGAUCCUGUGGUAUCUUCUCUGGGGCACAACAGUAAUAAAGCAUAUCUCGGCUCAGACAGGUGAGACAGGACAGUUGCCUCCACCUGGUUACUGUGCGCCAUACAACGGAAGGAUCUGCAAGCAUUAUUUGAAUGGGACAGGUCUGGUUUGGUUCAACAUUUCACACGAAAAUACUGGUGGCUGGGAGAAUGAACAGAUCACAGCUGGGCUCUGGGCAGAGAUGGUAGUGGGGUUGAAAGAGCCUUGUCGUAGUGCUGCUGAGAAACUUCUGUGUACUUACGCAUUUCCGCAAUGCCAGUUGCGAAAUGGGUACCCAGUGGGGCUGCCACUGUGUGCAGAGGAUUGUGUGGCUGUGCGACAGUUAUUCUGUUAUAAUGAUUGGGCACUUAUCGAAGAUAACAAGCAGCGUGGUAUUUUUUUCAAGUCACGUGGCCACUUUCACCUACCAGACUGUGAAUUGCUCCCAAGCUUCCGAGGUUCAAACCCCCCUGCCUGUUCUCACGCUAAGCUGACAGAAAUGAAGAUGGAGGAAGUGACAUAUGAUUGCGUAAAAGGGCGAGGUCGUUUCUAUCAGGGGACAGUUAACAGAACGAAACAAGGGUUACCAUGUCAACAUUGGAACUCCCAAUUACCUCACUCGCAUUACCGCCCUCCAGAUGUUUUCCCUGAGGUGCAGAAUGCAGAGAAUUUCUGUCGUAAUGCGGGUGGUGAAGAACCCUCUCCUUGGUGUUACACCAUGGAUCCCACAGUGCGAUGGCAGCGCUGUGAUAUACCCAUCUGUGAAAAUGUGACAGAUUCAGAUGAAACUGAUUACAUUGGAGUGAAAGACUUAACAAUGGAGGCAUUUUUCACUCCGAAGUUCAUCCUAAUCUUGUCAGCGGUAGGACUUGCUGGUCUUGUUAUGAUACUUCUGCUUUUCCUGCUUUGUCAUCGCGUGUACAAACAUCGAAUGGGAUAUAAUCCUACUGCAACACGAGAGGAAGUAAACAUUGACUUGGACAAAUUACCAAGCAAUAUGGCUUAUCACAGAACAGGAGCACAACUAAAUCCAAAAUUAGAGAAACUGGAGUUCCCAAGAAAUGAUAUAAUCUAUAUUCGCGACCUUGGUCAGGGUGCCUUCGGACGUGUUUUUCAGGCAAAAGCUCCAGGUCUAGUCAAAGGGGAAGAAUUUACUUUGGUAGCGGUGAAGAUGCUGAAGGAUGAGGCAUCAGAAGAUCUGCAGGUAGAUUUUGAGAGAGAGGCUUGUUUGUUGGCAGAAUUUGACCAUCCUAACAUUGUGAAACUCUUGGGUGUGUGUGCCAUUGGUCGACCGAUGUGUUUGCUUUUUGAAUACAUGGGUCGUGGCGACCUCAAUGAGUUCUUGCGCUCUUGUUCGCCCAGCAACUAUAUUGUGCGCAGUUCUGAAGGGGAUGGUGAAAUGUUCAAAGAUGUGCAACUUACUCACUUGGAUCUGGUGAAUGUGGCAUGGCAAGUGGCUGCAGGCAUGGUGUAUCUCUCAGAUCGUAAGUUUGUGCAUCGUGAUCUGGCCACCCGGAAUUGUCUUAUCGAUGAUAACAUGGUGGUAAAAAUUGCUGAUUUUGGCUUGUCACAGAAGAUCUACCUGCAAGACUAUUACAAAGGAGAUGACCAUGAUGCUAUUCCUGUGCGCUGGAUGCCCCUUGAAAGCAUCUUGUAUAACAAAUAUACGGUGGAAUCGGACGUGUGGGCCUUUGGUGUGUGUCUGUGGGAGAUAUUCUCCUUUGCUUUGCAGCCAUAUUAUGGUAUGACACAUGAGGAAGUUGUGAAAUACAUCAAAGAAGGUAAUGUACUUCAGUGUCCAGAAAAUACACCAAAAUCAUUGUAUGAACUGAUGAAGCUGUGCUGGAACCGUAAGCCGUCGGCCCGUCCUGGGUUCCGUGUGAUCUAUAGGACUUUGGAAGACAUCCGAGCUGAGGUAGAACGUGCCCAAAAUGUUCGUGCAGGCCCUUACACUUGUGGUGUGCAUGUGUGACGUGAUGUAAUCAUGUGUGGCUACAUUAUUUUUGUAUAAUUUUAACAUAUAUUUACACGCAGAUGUGGGAUAUCUCUAGUCACUUCUCAUUUAGCUGAUCACAAUAUUAUUACAUCUGGUUCUUAUAUUAUCUCUUUCAGCUAUCUAGCACUAGAGAGUACAUUUACUGAUAACGUUCAUCUUAUUUUUUACACAUUUUACAAUUAAUGCAAUACUGUGUUAAAUUAAAGUAGAAAUCUGUUGUAGCUCUCGUUUCUAGCAUUGACAUAUCACCUGCAUGUGGAAAUUUGGUGAAAAUGUUACAGCACGUGCUGGAAUUUGGUGACAGAACAAACGCUGUAUUUACCUAAACAUAAGAUUACUUCCAACCUAAGAAGGUAAGUUGCCAUGUGAGCCAUCCAAAUUUGUAUUACUUAUCAUACCAUAAGUAAUACAAAUUAUUCUAUGUAAACUUUUACUUCAUGAAUGGAAACAUUUAUUACAUUAUGCAACACACAUGAAUUGUAUUGAUAUUCUUGCCCUACCAACUUUUAUGCAGUGAAAUUAAUUUUUCCUGCAAAGUACUAGUGGUGAUAUAAAGAUGUUGACCCUAGAACUUAUUUUUAUUAGUAAAUUUAAUGCAACACUUUAUUUUUCAGUCAUCAUUGUUCAUCACAACUUUUGUCUAAUAUAUUGGUUAAAUAAAGUACUUAGAACAGUUUA